CACACUGUGUCAGCUACUGUAUCCAAUGAGGAACAGUUGGAGGCUGUACCAAUCUUUCAGACGACGCGGCGGAUAAUCAUGGCGCAGAUGACUGGGGAAGACAAGCGACAAAGUUUAUUUUCAGAAAGAAUAUGCAAACAACUUUCAAGCGUUUGAAGUUAUAACCCUUUUGUUUACUACAGCACGUUCCAUUUGAUAAACCCAGUCUUCUUGAGUAUAACCUCUUUGAGAGAUAACAGAGAGUGAGAAGAUGGAGGGAGGAGGGUUGGAAAGAGGAGUGAUCGAGAGAGGAGUGAUCGAGAGAGGGGUGAUGGAUGGAGGUGUGGCGUCUGACAAGCCGGCCAUGCAGACACAACCGUCCACGCUUCCCUUCUUCGACACGGCCCACGCCUUCAAUCUGCUGAGGGGGAUACACGAGCUCCGAGCCGAGCGCAAGUUCUUCGACGUCACUCUGUGCGCGGAGGGCCGGGAGUUCCACUGCCACCGCACUGUGUUGGCCGCCGCCAGCACCUACUUCAGGGCCAUGUUCGCCGGCACGCUGAGGGAGAGCGCCAUGGACCGGGUGGUCCUCCACGAGGUCUCCGCUGAGCUUCUGGGCCUGCUGGUGGACUUCUGUUACACAGGCCGGGUCACGGUCACCCAGGACAACGUGGACCUCCUGCUGAAGACGGCCGACCUGUUCCAGUUCCCGUCGGUGAAAGAGGCCUGCUGCGCCUUCCUGGAGCAGAGGCUGGACGUGUCCAACUGCCUGGAGAUACAGGACUUCGCAGAGGCCUACGCCUGCCAUGACCUGGCCCUCAGCGCCCGCCGCUUCGUCCUCAAGAACAUUGUGGACCUGGCCAAAGGCAAGGACUUUGAGCGUUUGCCAUGGAAGCGGCUGCUGGAGUUUGUGUCGGACGACGCGCUUUGCGUCGACAAGGAGGAGACGGCCUAUCAGAUCGCGGUGCGCUGGGUCAAGGCGGACCUCCAGCGGCGGAUGCACUACUGGCCCGAGCUGCUGCAGCAGGUCAGGCUGCCCUUCGUGCGCCGGUUCUAUCUACUGGCCCAUGUGGAGAGCGACCCCCUGGUCUACCUGUCCCCCUCCUGCCUGAGGAUGGUCAGCGAAGCCCGGAGCUUCCAGUCGUGUGAGUAUGACCGGCACGACAGGCCCUGCCACCGCAUGCGGCCACGCCCCUCCACCGGCCUGGCGGAGAUCCUGGUGGUGGUGGGCGGCUGUGACCAGGACUGCGACGAGCUGGUCACUGUGGACUGUUACAACCCUCAGACCGGACAGUGGCGCUACCUGGCCGAGUUCCCCGACCACCUGGGAGGGGGCUACAGUAUAGCUGCCCUGGGCAACGAUAUGUACGUCACAGGGGGAUCCGACGGUUCGCGCCUCUAUGACGGAGUGUGGCGCUACAACUCCAGCGUCAACGAGUGGACCGAGGUGUCGCCCAUGCUCAAGCCCCGGGAGUACCACAGCUCCUGCGUCCUCAAGGGACAGCUGUACGUGGUGGCGCCGGACAGCACCGAACGCUAUGACCACGCGCUGGAUUGCUGGGAAGCCCUGCCCCCUAUGCUGCACGCCAUGGACAACUGCUCCACCACCACCUGCAGGGGGCGUCUCUACGCCAUCGGCUCCAUGACCACCACCGGGGAGGACAACAUGGCCAUACAGUGCUACGAUGCCGACACCAACCGCUGGACCCUGGUUAACUGUGGCGAGCUGCCACCGUGGUCCUUCGCCCCCAAGACGGUCACCCUCAACGGACUGAUCUACUUUGUCAGGGAUGACUCAGCCGAGGUUGACGUCUAUAACCCUCAGAAGAAUGAAUGGGAUAAGAUCAACCCCAUGACACAGGUUCACGUAGGAGGCAGCGUGGCAGCCCUGGGCGGCCGUCUGUUCGUGUCCGGCGGCUACGACAACACAUUCGAGCUGUCUGACGUGGUGGAGGCCUAUGACCCCUGCACCCGUACCUGGGCCCUCGUGGGCCGCCUCCCACAGCCCACCUUCUGGCACGGCAGCGUCAGCAUCUUCCGCCAGUUCAUGCCCGCCGUAUCCAACGCUUUUGAGCCCAUGGACCUGCCCGAGGCCAACUCCAUUCACCUGCACCGGCACCACCGCAACCAGGCCCUGCACAACAACAACCUGAAUCUGAACCACGACAUCGACCCUGUUUAACACACUACAUGGACUGAGGUCAGGGGAUGUCACCCUGGCCUGUUCCAGACAUUUUAGAUUUACUGUGAAAGCACACGCCUUACUGGUGGAAAGGUGUUACAGUGCACUUCCAUUAUAGUUCAUGCGCUUCUCGUGAUGAAAAUGUCCUCGGCGGAUGUGAUCACAAGUUGACUGUAAUUACUGAUCGUGUGUGCAGUGUAAUGUCCCCCCCCCCCCGUUUAUUUGAAUGCCGUAGAUUGCAGUCAGUGUGCCUGUUAUUUACUAAUAGAGUGGCUGGUCGUGAAGCUCUUGUGUUGGGUGAAGCAGCGGCUGUCCUGACAGGAACAUCUGUGGCAGGCAGUGGAAGUGGAUUUGUCUCGAGUAUGCUUUUUUUUUUUUUACAUUAACUGUGGAGCUGUUUUACACUUUCCGGUUGUUAGGAGACCCAGCGUCAUCCCUUCAGAUUUAACUGCAUGACUAUAGACAUUCCUACAGCUAAAACAUCCACUAACUGUAUCCGGAUGUUUGUGGAUGGGAUCAGAGUGUGGUUUCAUUAAAUGCAACUGGGACUGUGUAGUUAGAACCACAUGACAGUGAUAGAUUCUAUGUAGGUGUGUUAUAAUUCUGUAUCUAUCAGAUGCUUCUAACUAUUUUCCUCUCCUUGCAGGAAUGAGUCUAUUACAGAUCUUGUUGAUGUGACAACCAAUUUAGCCUGCAUGAAGUACUGGUUAUUUGAAGAUUACAGAUGCUUUCAUAUUUUAUUAAAUGGUUUUAUUUAUGAAAAUGUUUAUAUAGGGUUAGUUCAGUUAAUGUUACUUUUCUCCCCUUUGCAAUUGGAGACACAGGUAUCUAUGAAUAUAGACAAUAGUUAACCAACUUCUUUGAUGGUAACUGGAAGUAGUAAAAGUUCUCAGCCUAUUUGUGUAACAUUUUGUGUGAACAAUAGAUUAUUUUUGCGUUUUGUGUUUACAUCAAUAAUCCUCAGUUUUUUUUGUUUUCAUGCAAGUUGUGUUGUUCAAAUCAUUUUUCUUUUUUAAUCAUAUCUGCAUUGUGUUUUGGUUCGUAUACUCUGGUAAUAAGGCCAUUUCAGUAUGAUCUGAAUAAAACUGCAGGCAGGACUCACUUUA